UUUUUUCUGUCUUUGUCUCUUUAUUUCCAGUUCGGAUACUAUAGUCGGCGACGAAAGGAAAGAUCGGACGACUCGUCGGAAAUCCAGUACCGUUGAAAAAGACUCGAAGAUGAAGAUUUUUGUGAAGACCUUGAAAGGGACUCACUUCGAGAUCGAAGUAAAACCCGAAGACACGGUUGCUGAUGUCAAGAAAAAUAUAGAUACAGCACAGGGUCCUGAUAUUUACCCUGCUGCACAGCAAAUGCUUAUUCAUCAGGGGAAAGUUCUUAAGGAUAACACUACUCUUGAUGACAACAAAGUAGCUGAAAACAGUUUCAUUGUCAUAAUGUUAACCAAGAAUAAGGUUUCAUCAAGUGGGGCCUCAACUGCAUCUACCACAUCUGCACCUACAAGUCAGAAAAAGGUUUCAUCAAGUGGGGCCUCAACUGCGUCUGCCACACCUACACCUGCAAGUCAGAAUAAGGUUUCAUCAAGUGAGGCCUCAACUACAUCAGCCACACCGGCGCCUACAAGUCAGGUCGAAUCUGCAGCCCCUGCACAAACACAACCAUCAACAACACCUGAGGCCCCUGCUCCAAUAGUGGCAGUUCCAGAAUCUGUUCCUGAACCUGCUGUCACUCAAGCUGCUCCUUCUUCUGAUUCUCAAAUGGAUGUUUAUAGCCAAGCGGCAUCAAAUCUUGUUGCUGGAAAUAAUAUAGAGGCUAUAAUACAACAAAUCCUUGACAUGGGUGGAGGAAGUUGGGAUAGGGAUACCGUUGUACGUGCUUUACGAGCUGCAUAUAACAAUCCUGAAAGAGCUGUUGAAUAUCUAUAUUCUGGUAUUCCUGCACAAGCUGCUGUUCCAGCCGUUGCUCGAGGUCCUGCUGCUGGGCAAGCAGCAAACCCUCCAGCCCAGGCUCAACAACCUGCAGCACCUAGUUCUGGUCCUAAUGCUAACCCCCUAGAUCUCUUUCCACAGGGCCUUCCAAACACAGGUUCAAAUGCUGGUGCAGGUACCUUGGAUUUCUUGCGCAACAGCCAACAGUUCCAAGCCUUGCGAGCUAUGGUCCAAGCAAACCCACAAAUCUUGCAGCCUAUGCUUCAGGAGCUAGGAAAGCAAAAUCCACACUUGAUGCGUCUCAUUCAAGAGCAUCAGGCUGACUUCUUACGCUUGAUAAAUGAACCUGUUGAAGGAGAGGGGAACCUACUUGGUCAGUUGGCUGCAGCUAUGCCACAGGCUGUGACUGUCACCCCUGAGGAACGGGAGGCAAUUGAAAGACUCGAAGCAAUGGGUUUUGAUCGAAACAUAGUGUUGGAGGUAUUCUUUGCAUGCAACAAGAAUGAGGAGCUUGCAGCCAACUAUCUUUUGGAUCACAUGCAUGAGUUUGAGGAGUAACUGACAUGGGCCUUUUCUCAUUCCUCUUGCUUCCUCAUUUUCUUUCUCCUGUCUGGCCUUUUCCAUGUUGGGUGAAGUUGUUUUUAUUAUUAACAAUACCUGUCAUGUGGAGUCUUUGGAUCAGACAGUUAAGUUAUUCAUGUCCCCAUUUAUAGUGUUUUUUGUGUUCUUUGUUAUAAAUAUUCAUUGCUAUAUUAUUCGUAAUUCUGUCAAAACAUGUGCUUUAUUAUGUCACAUAUUUCUGUACCUUCCUCAUAUAAGUUUUCUGUACAAUUGUGGUGAUAUAUAUCAUGGAAUGUAGCAUGGGGGGCGUUUCAGUUU